CUGAAUGUGACGUGUUUGUAUACGCCGCCAUUUCAAAGCGAACGGGGACCAGGAUAAGUGUAGUCUGAUUUAUUUAUUUAUAUUACAGGCUAUUUAUUUUACAGAUUAUUUCGUAUUGACAGACUUAUUUUAAUUCUGCUGUUAAUUGAAUCUGCAUCGCCUUGGGAACUUUUUAGUUCUUUCAGUGAGAUGGAUGUUGACACAGAGCAGGUGAUGGAGCACACAGAGAAGCACCAGGUUUCCACAGAAGAGGAUAUAUCAAACAGCAAAGCCAGGGGAAGAGGGUUUAAAGGGCAUGGUCGAGGUGGCUGGGUAGGACGAGGUGGACGUGGUGGGAGGGGCAUGAUGAUGAAAGGAUAUGGCCCUCUGGGGCGGAGCAGGGGUCGAGGCCGAGCUGGGGCCAUGAAUGGGUUUGGCCCUGGAAGAAGAGGAAUGGGGAGGAUGAGGCCCUACCCUGACCUUCGUGGUCCUCGGGGUGGUAUGGGUGGGCCAAUGAGAAUGGGUCCGCCCCCUCCACCACCACCAAUGCACAUGAGAGGACCCUAUCCACCUAUGCACAGGCAUGGCCCCCUUCCACCACCUCCCCCAGGACACCCUGGCUUUAGAGGACGCCCUCCACACCCCCGUGGUAGAGGGAUGCACCCCGGCCCACACCGACCCUUCCACCCCAGAGGGGUAAUAUAGUCACCCUUUCGAAGCCAGCAGGAGAUGGCAGCUGACCCCCCUACCCCCAAGAAGCAUGCAGUGGGCCCCGCGGCCAAGGUGAGCUUUUCCUCACUCGGCAUCACUUUACCGCGCUCUGACUUGCCUUUCAGCUCUCUCUCGCUUUACAUCACUCGCCUAUGCCAGGUAGGAAAUGAGCUGUAGCGCAGGUGAGGAAGCCUGAAACAUAUUUCAUCUUUUGUUUUUAAUGCCUCAGGCCUUAUUGUGCUGAAACCUUUCCAUUUUACAGCUGACCAGGUUUUAAGCAAGUGUGUUACUGUCAUCAUGAGGAUAAAUCUGCCAAGCCUUUCCUUUCUAUUGUAAUGCGUAAUUGAAUUAAUUAGCAGUGCUUCUUGUUGCUACUGGCACGUGCUUAUCAGCUAAUCGAAUAUGCAGAACUGUUCUUUAUUUUAAAGAAAUAUAAGGCAAGAUGGCAAGAAAUGAAGGUAUGACCAUUGCAAUGGAUAAGGGACACCGUUUGGAGGCGGUGGGGAGUUAGGACAAUUUUAAUUUGUAAUCAUGCAAGGAUAGGGUGGCCUGGGGUGGUUGGGCCGAAUGUAAUCUCUCUUGGUGCCCCUGCAAUGGUAGCCAAAGACAAUUUCAUAAAUCAUCUGUGCCUCAUAAUUGUAUCUAAUUUAUACACUCAGUGAUCACUUCAUUAGGUAGACCAGUGCACCAGCUUGUUAAUGCAAAUAUUGAAUCACCCAGUCAUAUGGCAACAACUAAAUGCAUACUAGCAUUCAAACAUGGUGAAAAUGUUCAGCUGUUUUUCAGACCAAAUGUCAGUAUGGGGAAGAAUCUGAUCUAAGUGACUUUGACUGCGGAAUGAUUGUUGGUGCCAGACAGGGUGGUUUGAGUAUCUCAGAAACUGCUGAUCUCCUGGGAUUUUCAUGCAGAACAGUCUCUAGAGUUUGCAGACAAUGGUACAAAAAACAAAAAGCAUCCAGCGAGCAGCAGGUCUGCGGGCAAAAACACAUUGUUAAUGAUAGAAGUCAGAAGAGAAUGGUCAGACUGGUGAAAGCUGACUGGAUAGUGACAGUAACCACACAUUACAACAGUGGUAUACAGAAGAGCAUCUAAUAGGAUAGGCCACAGCCGCAGAAGACCAAUAAGUCAUGAAAGAAGUAUAAUAAAUACCUAAUAAAGUGCUCAUUGAGUGUAUACCUUCAUGUUUGAUGGUAAUUUGUUGCAGGGAAUCAAUACAAAAAACGUAGUGACUAGUACAUUCAGAAUUCCAACCGUUGCAAACUGUUUAACAAGUCGGGCUGUUUAAUAGAAAAGCAUAUUGAAUUUCGCAAUCAGCCCUUUGAAUGAAUAAUCAGGGAAUCCUAUCAGUUUAUUGGAAAGCCACACAAAGCAUGACAAUAAAUAUUGCAGUAAAUAGGUGGACAAAAAAACAAGGGAUUGCUUAUUAUUAAUCCCCUGUGGGUGAUUCAAUGAUUUAGCCAUUGUACUUCAUUUUUUGUAAUUUUUCAAUGUUCAAUUGAAAACAUUGUCACUUUUCAAUGUUUAAUCCAAUAAAACAUGUUUAUUUAAUACACCGCUUACGACCCCAUCCCUCGGCCCGGAGGGAUCUGACGAUCCAGAGAAUGACACGCUUUCUUCCAGCCGUAUCGUGUCAGAGCCUGUGACCAUGAUUCCGAGGAGACUGGGGCACUGUUGUAUCUAGCCCCUUCCGGGUCCCUCCCAUGGAGCGGCAAGCCAAUUAUGCCGCUCCAUGUGAGCCGACCGUUACUUUAGCCAUGCGCCACUGUGGCCAUCUCAGGUAUAUGCCAUUUAUUACAAGUCUUUAUUUAAGAUGGCUGCACUUUUCUCAACCCUGUUACCAAAACGUAUGCAAUUGUAACUCUUAAACAUGAAAAAAGAAUGAGAUACCUUCAAGACAUUCAGAUAAGGCAACUUCCUGUUGAACAUGUGAUUGUGGAAUAUUCAAAAUAUUCCAUGGUGAUUUUGAGGUGAAUGCGAUCAGGUAAUACGGUUGAGUGAGUAUAAUGGAAUACAACUAAAAUAUUAUUUAUGAAAGAUGAUGUUUCAAGCAUGAGAUAUGAAAUGGACUCACACAAUAAUGCAAAAGUAAUAAGACUCUUGAAGGAUUUUCAUGAUUAUAUAUCAUGGUAAAGUUAAGUUAAGUUA